AUGAUGUCAGCAAGCCAGACUGGAGCGCAGCAUUUGGCCGAAGGAGGACAGGUGGUAACUGCAUGGAUUCCGGUCAUCGAGAAAAAUGUUGAGAAUUGGGAGUUGAUGGUGGAAAUAUUAACUAUGUUGGAUGAGUCCAUAAAGAGACAAGCCGCUGCGGGACAGUUCUAUAGUGCGGCAGGCACAAAAGUGCAAAAUGGUUGA